UCGGGCCGCGUCGUCCUCGCUUCACCCGCUCUGAAUAUUCACGCGCCCGCGAAUCUACCCCACGCAACGGGAGCGGGCGGGCUGAUGCUCUGCAGGGUGGUGGCGGUGGCGGAGGCGCUGGAUUCAGUGGCGGAGUCGUGAGGUGCUCGGGGGAGGGAGGAGAGGGCGGUGGUAAGCGGGAGGGGGUGAGCAGAGAUGAUACGGUACCAAAUACGGAACGAGUACGGGCUGUCGGAUCCGGAACUCUACGCGGCGCCGGGGGAGGAGGAUGACCCGGAGGCGCUCCUCGAGGGCGUCGCCAUGGCCGGUCUCGUCGGCGUGCUCCGCCAGCUCGGGGAUCUCGCGGAGUUUGCAGCAGGAAUUUUUCAUGACCUGCAUGAAGAUGUGAUGGCCACUGCUUCUAGAGGACAUGGUUUAAUGCUCCGGUUGCAGCAGCUAGAGGCAGAAUUUCCAGCAGUUGAGAAGGCAAUUAUAUCCCAGACUGACCACUCAAAUUACCCACAUGAUGAUGGUGUUGAGUGGCAUGCAAAUCUUCAACUUAAACAGAAUAUGAUCACACAAGGAGAUAUGCCCCGUUUCAUUUUGGAUUCAUAUGAAGAAUGCCGUGGCCCACCACACUUGUUCACGUUGGAUAAGUUUGAUCUUGCUGGUGCUGGAGCUUCCUUAAAGCGAUAUUCUGACCCCUCUUUCUUCAAGACAGAACAUGCCUCGAACAUGAUAGAAAUGGAUGUUGUCAUCGAAAAGAAGCCCCGUAGAAUCAAGAAGAAGGCUAUGCGUUGGAGGAAAGGAGCGACACUUGAAUCAUUACUAAUUACAAACUCUGAGCCUCACACUACCUCCAAGGAUCGAACUUCUAGAAAAGUUCCACCAAGGACAACAAAGUUGAAAUCAAGGCAUCCACGGAGUCCUGACCAAAAAACUAUUAGCAGAAUCUGCAGGGAGCAUCUGCAAGAAGUAAUUUCGUCACAACAAAAGAUCUUGUCCAGCUAUUCUGCAAGGCACUGCCAUGUGAAAUUUAGGUCAACUGACUCAAGUGAAACAACAUCUCCAUAUGGAGAGUUGGACAAUUUUGCUGCUCUUGUUCAAUCUUCUGGUAAAUUGGAACUCACUAAAGUUGUUCCAGUAAAUGAAUCUUAUACUGUGGAGACUACAUCUGCACCCACUAAUGGAUCAGCUUACCUGGAGGCAGACGAUAAACAAUUUCUGGGGAAACAACAUGGACCUACUGAAUUGAAAGAGGCCUGUAAGAUGUCUCUCGUGGAACAAAAUGACAUGAUCCGUGACUCAGAAAAGCUGCAGGAAUCUUCAGAUUACCUGGUUGGGGAAUGUAAUCGCAGAUUGCAGUCAGUACGUGAAGAGAAACUUCUAUUAGCUGUGCUUUCUUCUAAUCAUGAUGUCAAUGGCUGCAGGCCUGAUGACAUUGCUAGUGAUCAAGGCAACUUUGUCGAUGCUCUUAACAUGGGCUCUGAAGGUGAAGCAGAUCUUGAAAUGAAAACUGAGCGGGAUUCCAGUUCCAAUGUGGAAGGGAAUGAAUUGAACUGUCAUAGCAAGGAAUGUGAAAUUGCAUUGGACGCACAGUUUCCAGAAGUAGGUCCUGCAAUUGACUCGUCACCAGGUCUGAAAGAUUCAUGCAAUGGUGGAGAACCAACCUGUGUGGACUUGCCUUUGAUAAAUGAUUCUGCUCCUUCCGCAGUUUCAAAUAGUAAUGGUCCAAACUCGGGUUCACCUUCUAGCAGACAAUUGAAUGGUGUUGAUUGGACCAAUGAUGAAGAGCCUUUUAAUGAUGACGAUCUCAUGGAUGUGAGUUCAUCAUCUAGUGUAGUUUCGGACAAUGCUGACAUGCAAACCAAUGCUGAUCAUGUUGGUUGUCAACAAUACCAGGACGAAGCUUAUCACUCACUCAAUGAUGAUCAUGCUGCUGUUAUCCACAGUUCUGAUAAACAGUCACCCAAGACAUCUAGUGGCUUAAAUGGUUUGGCUGUCAGUAGCAUCAAUUACACUGACAAAGCAUAUCACUCUGUGGAUCAUGGCAAGAACUUUGAGCUAGAUGGUACUUCUAUUGUAUUGAGCAAACUUAAUGAUGUUUCAGAAGAUGAAGAAGAUAUCAAUGUUGGGAUUGCUGAUGAUUUGUUUCUCCACCCAACCAUACCCAAUCAAGAGAAAAUACAGGAGUUGAAGAAAGAAUUCGAAGAAGGCAAAUCUCUAGAUACAGAUACUUCACCUGGCAAACUUGCAUCAUUGCUAGUUAAGGAUCAUGGUAUGUGCAUGAAUGAUUUGGAGAUGGACAAUGUUUUAGUUCCUGAAGAAAUUGUUGCGGAUACUACCCCAACGGGUUUGCUUUUAGAUGUUGAUUCAGGAAUUGUUCCGACAAAUUCAAGCAUGCACAGUAAUCUGUUGUAUGAAUCAUAUGAUGACGGGGUUGUUGAAGACGUGCACUCUUUAUCAGAUGAUGAUCUAUCAACUCCUAAAAAGCUUGUUGCAGAGGAUCAUCGAAUAGUUGUGCUUGAAGAAGGGACUUGUUCAGCUAGCCUCAACACACACAAAGAGGAUUCCUUGCAAGCAUCUGUCAUGGACAGGGAAUUCUCUUAUGUUCAAGAGCUUCCCGGAGUCAUUCAAGGUGUAUCACCUUCUCAAGAUGACACAGAAGCUUAUGUAGGGGAGACACUUGCACCCUCUUCCUGUGUGUUCAAUGAUGACACAGAACCACUGAAGAUUGGUGAUCCUCUAGCCCCUAGUACUUCAUCUCUAUCUGGGUCCAGUUUUUCCUGCGUGGAACAGCAUGCAUUGACUGAAAUGGAAGACAUUGUGGAAUGUUGUAAAGUUGUGGAUGCAGAAGAAUCAACUGCUAACAGGUUUGCAGAUGAUGUGGUACCUACUGAAGAGUUCACUGAUGCUGCCAAGUGUACUGAGAAAGCAGAGGUUCUGGCUACAAAUUCAACUGAAGAAGAUUCUAUGCAUGAUUUGCAAUUACAGUCUAGUUCUCCUUUCAGUGAAGGCAUGGAAACAGCAGAAGCUACUUGCAGAAAUCUUGGGGAAGUAGAUGAAUCAAGUGAACAUCUCUCUAAGAAAAGUAUGUUGCAGGCAGACAAUAUUCCUCCUCUUACUGAAAUAGAGACUACAGGCGAAAAAUGUGGUGACAGUGAUGAUAAUCAAUUUCUUUCCUCGGCGCGUUUUCCAAAAGAAUCUGAUUAUCAAGAGGAAUUACUAGAAGAGGCCUGUCUUAAUGCUGAAGUUCUCUCUCGGUGUAAUUCAGAUAAGGAUGGUGCAGUAAGCCUGAAAAGUAACACGGUGGAGAAACAACCACUGGAUGUUGAUCAAGAUUUGGUGUGGGGAAUGUCUGCUCAAGAUUCUAGUAGUACAAGCUCAUCCAUGGAUCCUGUCUACAUGAUGAGCCAUGCUCAAAUUUAUCCAUCUCCAGGUACCAGUUACCAACCAUGUUUCCCUGAAGAACAGGAUUUCCUUUCAGAACUUUUAAUACAACAUGGCAAUAUGGGAGCAGCUGCUGAUUCCCUUUGGGAACCUGCAACUCCACCUGAUGAAGCACCAUUACCAUCAGAAGUUAUGACUGAAGAAGAUUUCAAAUCCUUCUGCCACGAAUAUCAUGAGAUAGAUUUUACAGCUGGCACUGAAGGUUGUCAUGGUGAACCAGCCUCAGAUUCUAAUAGUAUGCCAAAUGCUUGUGUGGUCAGUGAACCAGAUUUUCCUUGUUCUGUAUCUGCUUUGCCGGUGAAGUUAGACCAGGAAGCCUGUGUUCGUUCUAAGUUUGGUAUUCAGCAUACUGAAUAUUCAUCUGCCACAGAUAUACAAGCUGAUACAUCAAUGCCCUGUUCUGGCGAAGAAGAUUUCAAGGAUGAUACACCACGAGUAGAUUCUCACUUAAAAUCUCACGAGUCUUUCAGUGAUAACAGAAGUCCUGAAUUAGAUAUGCUCUCUGUUCCAAUGGAUUUUGACUUGUAUGGGGUUGAUUCUUAUAGUAGUUCUCGUUUGUUUGAUAAAGAGGAUAAAGAGAAGACGUGUGAAGAAUGCUGCUCUCCUUCAAGCAACAUUGUUCCAGUGAAAAAGGAGCUGGAAAUUCGUGCUAACCUUGUUCCACAUUCUUUUAUUGAUCAAAAGGUAGACGAACUGGAUGCUCCCUCAAGUAAUGCUGUGCUAGUGGAACCAGAGAUAGGAGCCCAUGUCUUGGAUAAAUAUGAUGAUAAAGAUGUUCCAUGUUGUUCAACUAGUGAGAAGAUAGGUGUCCUAACUUCACGCAAACCUGUUCUAGUCCAGGGGUCAGAAGUUUGCAUCUUUGGUGAAUUUGAUUCUCGAAUUGUUCCACCAUCCUCAACUGAUGAGAAUAAAGACACUGUAGAAGCCCCUGCUUUAAGGACUUCUUUCCGAGCCGAACAGGAGUUAGAAUGUUGCCCUUCUGGUGAACAUGAUUCUCAAAUCGCUUUAUCUUCUUCGCUCGAUGAGAAGAUUGAUGAACUGGAUGGCCCUCCUUUGAGCAAUGAUGUUGUACUGGUUCAGGAGCCAGAAGUUUGUGUACCAUGUGGACUUGAUUCUCGAAUCGCUCCAUGUUCUUCAACUGAUGAGAAAAUAUAUGAACUAGAUUGCCCUCCUUUGAGCAAUUCUAUUUUAGUGGAUCUUGAGUCAGAAGAUCAUGCCUCGUGUGGCCUUGAUUCCCAAGUUACCCCAUGUUCUUUGGCUAAAAAUAAGACUGAUGAAUCUGAAGCUGCUCAAUCAAACAGUGUUCUUCCUGAGGGUCUAGAGCAGGAAGCUCAUGCAUCCCUUGAAUUGGAUUCUCAAGUUGAUGCAUGCUCCUUGAAUGGUGGUAAGGUUCGUGAAAUAGAUGGGCCUCCAUCAUGCAAUGUCAUGGUGGAAUCAGAGAAGGAAUCUGGGUGCUCAACUGAAUUUGAUUCCCAAUCCGCACCAUAUUCUUCAAAUUCAGGUGUACUAGAUGGCACAACAGCAUUGACUUUUAUUCCUGUCAUGCCAAUUACUGAGGAAACAUAUCAGUCGUCUCCUGCUCCACCACCCACUGUACCAUUGCCAAAUGGUUCCUAUGAAGAUCCUCAAAAACCACCCCCUCUCCCUCCUCUCCAAUGGAGGCUUGGAAAGCCUCUCCUAGGGCUGCUGAGUACAAAAGGCUGUAUGCCUGAGCCUGCUAGGAGAACAGACCCUGUUUUGCAGGCACCAAGCCAAGAGAUGGACACUCGGUUAGGUUUGCUUGAUCGAAUGAAUAUAUCAAUAAAACCAGUAUCCUCUGAAGAGAUCAAAGAAGAUAGAUAUCAGAAUUCGAUGGUAGACUGUAAUGAUCGAAAUGUAGAAUUUGGAAGAUUAUCGACCAGUCUAGCAUUAACUGAUGUUGCAAGGACUGAACACGACUUGCCAUUCUCAGAUGCUUCAGAUAACAGUAAGCAAGAGGGCCAUAUGUCUUCAUCCGCAAUAGGAGUUGAGGAACAUCUGGAUGAUACUGGGGUCACAUCGACAACAAGAGUUGAGGAACAUCUGGGUGAUUCUGGGGUCCCACAUGGAACGGUUUUAUACCCAUUGAACCCUCUGCUUCAGUUUCCUACAUAUGAACAACAGGGCCCUCAAUUGUGCAUCUUAUCUUCAGAUGCUUCAGAAAAUAGUGAGCAUCCCAGUGAUACGAAUCCAGCUGCAUCUGAGGAUGCCAAAUCUGUGGAUGGUCACAAUGCUGAUGGUGGCAUGGUGAGCACUUCAACUACAGGACAUGUUUCUGAAAAUAGGUGUUACCAGCAAACUCAGCACGGUGAAUCACUCUCAGAGAAUUCAGACCAUAAAGAGCAUCUUUCUAAUGCAUCAGAGGAUAAGAGUGUAAAAGAUCAGUCUAUUACAGGUGAGGCACCUUCAGACACACCAAACCAUUCUGCACCAGGCUCACUGUUGGAAGAAGGGAAUAGCCAGGAGAGUCAAAUUUUACAGGAACAAAAUGUGGAGAUCUCUGAGGAUAGUCAGUUGGAAGGCUCAUUUGCCAGUGCAGAAUCAACGGCAACUCAAGAUUAUCCACAUGAUGAACAUAAUUUGGAGAGAGCAAAGAUACACCAGCCAAUCAGCCCAGGCCCGUUCGUGGUGUGGCCUGGUGAUAAAAGUAACCUCGUUAGUGGCCUUGAUGAAGGAAGCUAUGCACAUGCGGAGCAGCCACCUGUGAUGGGAUGGACUGUUGGACCUCAGAUGCUUCAUCCUAAUUAUGGUAUAUCAGUAGAAGAGAACCAAUUUGAACCAAAUAUCGCAGAUAAUCGUUUAAUCAGGAAGCCUAUUUCAAUUAAAAACAUCCCAAGGAAUCCAUUGGUUGAUGCUGUCGCUGCUCAUGAUAGAAGCUCGAUGCGAAAGGUUUCAGAGCUUGCACCCCCAACUGACAAGCCAAAGCCCAAUGAGAGAAACUUGUUGCUAGAACAUAUAAGAAACAAGACCUUCAACCUGAAACCAGUGGAUUCUGCGAAGCCAACAGCCAUGAGAUCCCCUGCUAGAGCCGGUACUAGAAACUUGAAAGUUGCUGCAAUCAUAGAAAAGGCAAAUGCCAUACGUCAGGCAGUGGGAAGUGAUGACGAAGAUGAAGAGGAUAACUGGAGUGACACAUAGACGGCUACUUUUUGCUCUCUGCCUCUCUUGGUUUUUUUCCAUUGCAGAAAGAUGCCAAAUCAUCAAGAACACUCUGGAUAGGUUGGGUUCAGCUCAGCCAUGUCAUUUUUUGGUUAGCAAUGCUAGUCUUAUGUAUAGUAUAUGCCCAUACAUUUCUGGUUUUCUUUUCCGUUCUUUUACCCUAUUGUUUGUAUACUUGCCUCUCCCAGCAGCAAAGGCUGUUGUGGUAGCUAUGAUCCAUGGAGAGCGUGCAUACUCUUCAGGUCUAUGUAAAUUAAACUGAUGUUCUAAGUAAACAGAAUUAUUUACUGAAAAGAGUUGUCUGCUA